UUAGGAACAUGGCUGCUCGUCCACUGGUGCGUAUUGCCGGCCUCAAGCCUUCGGUAUCUCAUCGAUGUCCCCUGCCAUUGCUGGGGAGACUCGGUGCCACAAGCAGCAGCAAUCGGGAGAGCGGAGCAAAUGAUCGACACGCGAGAGCACAGGCACUGGUUUCACAGGCUCGAGAUAUUCACGUCAGUCGGCGCAACGAGUCUUCUGUGCUGAUUACCGGUGCUGGAAUCGCUGUAUCCGCCAUGGUCGCUCGCUACGGUCUCAUGGAGUAUCAAAAAUACCAGGCUGCCCAUCCCGAAAUCACGGAAGAAGCAGACUCGGGAGCAGCAGGCGACCAAACCGCAGCUGGCGAGACAGGCAAAGCUUCGCCGCAAGGUGCCGCUAAAGGCGCAGGAGCAAGCGCCGGCGGGUUUUUCGGAGCGUUCGGGAAACGGCACUACGAUGGGGGGUUCGAGGAAAAGAUGACUAGAAAAGAAGCGGCCCUCAUUUUGGGAGUACGUGAAAGCGCAACUGCACAAAGGAUAAAGGACUCCCACCGAAGAAUUUUGAUGAUCAAUCACCCCGACAAGGGAGGGUCCAAGUACAUGGCGGCCAAGAUUAACGAAGCCAAGGAAAUCCUCCUCAAGGGAAGAAAAUAGGCUUCCGGCGGUGGUGACUGUAGCACAAAAGAGUGGCGCUUGUAUUCUUGUUCGUGUUUUCAUUCGGUUGCCUUGUUGGUUGCGU